AUGGACACGGUGACCAUCCCGAAACCGCGCCACCUGGAGACACCGCAGGAAACAACGGAACGCGAACGAUGCGAACAAUGGACAGACCAACUCUUCCGUACCUCACCCAUGGUCCGCUUCAUGGCCAAACACCUCACAUUACUCGACUGUGAUCCUCUCUCCCCUCGACCCGCUCGACCCGCUCUCCCCUCCUCCUCUUCUUCCUCUUCGUCUUCCACCGCAACACCGCCUCCGGGACCCAAACUAGUCAUCACCCCCUGCCCACCAUCAAUAGCAGGUGGAUUCUCCCCCUCGCUGCCCACAGAACCCACCUCUGCGUCUUCGAUCCUUAUCUGUUCCAACCGAAUCUUUUCCAAAUCGCAUCUGGAAGAUACUCUGUCGCAUGAGAUGCUACACUGGUUCGACCACUGUCGUUUCCUAGUUGAUUGGUCUAACAUCCGACACCACGCUUGCAGCGAGAUCAGAGCGGCAAACUUAAGCGGAGACUGCGGUUUUGCGAGGGAGUGGAAGAGAAGGAUUUACGGCUUCAAACUUCAACAUCAGCACUGUGUGAAAAGGAGAGCAGCGUUGAGUCUCUUGAUACAUCCAGCGUGUGAUGGGGAUAUCGAAAAGGCGGAAAGGGCGGUAGAUGAGGUGUUUGAGAGUUGUUUUGGUGAUACCAGGCCGUUUGAUGAGGUGAGUAGUGCCGGUUGA